GUAGAGGGCGGUAGCACGUAUGGGAGUUGUGUGGGGCACCCCAUCGGCUGUCGCAAUAAUUGUAUAAAGCAAAGCAAAACGGCCAGAGCGAGGGAUAACGAGUCUUUGUCUUUGAUUUCAUCCAUGGCUACUCAAGGGCAAGUCAUCACUUGCAAAGCUGCGGUUUCAUGGGAACCGAACAAGCCGCUGGUGAUAGAAGAUGUUCAGGUGGCUCCGCCACAGGCCGGCGAAGUCCGAAUCAAGAUACUGUUCACUGCUCUCUGCCAUACCGAUGCUUACACUUGGAGUGGCAAGGAUCCCGAAGGGCUCUUCCCUUGCAUUCUUGGCCAUGAGGCUGCUGGGAUUGUAGAGAGUGUUGGUGAAGGUGUGACUGAAGUUCAACCUGGGGACCAUGUAAUUCCUUGUUACACUGCAGAAUGCAGAGAAUGCAAGCUUUGCAGAUCUGGGAAGACAAAUCUCUGUGGCAAAGUGCGGGAAGCUACUGGAGUUGGAGUUAUGCUGAAUGAUCGCAAGAGUCGAUUCUCUAUCAAUGGAAAACCAAUCUAUCAUUUCAUGGGAACCUCAACGUUUAGUCAGUACAGUGUUGUACACGAUGUUAGUGUUGCAAAGAUUGAUCCAAAAGCUCCUCUGGAGAAGGUCUGCCUACUAGGUUGUGGUGUUUCUACAGGUCUUGGAGCAGCUUGGAACACAGCAAAAGUAGAACCGGGUUCUAUUGUUGCUGUUUUUGGACUUGGGACUGUUGGUCUUGCUGCUGCAGAGGGUUCAAAAACAGCUGGUGCCUCUCGAAUAAUAGGCAUAGAUAUUGACAGCAAAAAAUUUGAGAGAGCAAAGAAUUUUGGAGUUACAGAAUUCAUCAAUCCGAAGGACCAUGAUAAACCAGUACAGCAGGUUAUUGUUGAGCAAACUGAUGGUGGUGUUGACUAUAGUUUUGAGUGCAUAGGAAAUGUCUCUGUGAUGAGGGCUGCUCUUGAAUGCUGUCAUAAGGGUUGGGGAACGUCGGUUAUAGUUGGUGUUGCAGGAGCAGGUCAGGAAAUAGCCACCCGUCCUUUUCAGCUUGUAACUGGACGUGUUUGGAAAGGAACUGCCUUCGGUGGUUUCAAAAGUCGUACCCAGGUUCCUUGGCUUGUCGAAAAGUACAUGAAGAAGGAAAUCAAGGUUGACGAGUACGUCACACACACGUUGACACUUGUGGAUAUGAACAAGGCCUUUGAUCUGCUGCAUGAAGGGGAUUGCCUCCGCUGUGUGCUUUCUAUGUUUCCAUGAGCUGAUCCAUUUACUACUGUGAUAUUUUGGAGCUUUUGUGUGUGGUUGCAAGCUGCUCAACCCUUUGAGCAAUCGUUGUGUUCUAUAUGAAGUAGCACAUGCGAAGUUGUUAUUUUGAAACAUAAACUGUUUAUCUGGAAAAGACAGUGUCCUAGAUUCCUAGUCAA